AUGAAGUUCCUCAUUGUUCUCGCAUUUGUUGCUGUCGUCAACUGUCAAAUGCAAGACAAGAAGAAUAAGGGUAGCGAAAUGAAUAGCGGUGGUGGAGGUGGAAAAGGUGGUAGUGGAUUAAUGCAAGCAAUCCAGAAAACUCUCGGAGGCGCAACGGGAGGAUCGGGAUCCGGAUCGGGUGCAAAAGUGACAAGAUCCCCAACUGAAGUAAAAGGAAUGGAAAAGACAAGCGGAGGUAGCGCACAUAUGGGUACGACUCAGGAAAUGAGCUCGGGCAUGAGCACAAAGCAACCAAGAUCCCCCACUCCAACUGGAGGAAAGGGAAUGGAAAAAUCGAGCGGAACAACUCAGACAAUGAACUCAGGUAUGAGCACAAAGCAACCAAGAUCCCCAACUCCGACUGGAGGAAUGGAGAUGGAAAAAUCAGUCGGAGAUAGCGGACAUAUGGGUACAACUCACGAGAUGAACUCAGGAAUGAGUACAAAACAGGCAAGAUCUCCAACUCCAACUCCAACUCCCACUGGAGGUAUGAAUAACAUGGGCGGAGGUGGCGGAAUGAUGAACAAAGGAAUGAGCUCUGGAAGCGGUAUGAUGAACAACCAGGCUCACAAAGCAGGUGGACGCUAA